AUGUCAUUUAUACCGAGAAGGAUAUUUCCUAACUAUUCUCUACCGCUAUCAAACUUUAAGGGGCAUCAUCAAAAGGCUUUAACGAAAUUUGGUCAUUUAGCACCUCAGAUUGACUUAGUACUUGAAGUCAGAGACUCAAGAGCUCCCGUAUCAACAAAGAAUGUAUUAUUUGAUCGAGUAUUAGCACAAAAAGAGAAGAUUAUACUUUAUACCAAAAAGGAUCUCUCAGUGUUGAAAAGUGACUUGAUAAGAAAGUGGCAUGAUGCAACUAAGGAAGAAUGCUUAUUUAUUGAUGCUAGAAGUAAAGGUGAUGCUCAAAAAAUCAUUGAUCUAGUAGGCAAAAGGUACUAUGCAAUGAACCCUCCUCCUCCAUUGGGUCUUAGACUUAUGAUUAUUGGUAUGCCAAACGUUGGAAAGUCAACGUUGGUUAAUACAUUAAGAAAUGUUGGAUAUAGUUCAAAGAUUAAAGGCGCUAUAUCAGGAAAGAAUAGGAAAGUGGCAAAGACUGGUGGACAACCUGGUGUAACAAGGGCAACAAGUGAAAUUAUAAGACUUAGUACUAAGCCAGACAUACUUGUAUAUGAUACACCCGGUGUGUUUCUUCCAACAGUCAAGGAUAAUGAAACCAUGCUAGCACUAAGUCUCAUCGGUUGUGUUCAUACUUCAUUUAUUGAUCCGGUUAUACAAGCAGACUACUUGCUUUAUUUGUUGAAUUUACAAGAUCCUACAGGAUCGAAGUAUAAAGAAUAUAUUGAUCACCCAACAAAUUCUAUUGACGAACUACUUUACUAUAUUGCCCUCAGAAGGAAUAAAGUCGGGAAAGAUAACACUUAUGAUGAACUUGGGAUGGCUACUCAUUGGACAAGUCUUUGGAAACAAGGAAGACAAACGAAAUAUAAGGGAUUAUUCGAUUUACCAACAAUUUUAGAAAUAAACGGCGAAGAAUUGCAAAAUAUUUUUAAAAACGAAAGAGAGAGAAUUAGUGGAAUGACUGUAAGUAAUAAAAUUGAAAAUAGUUUAGGUGAAGAUGGUACUGCUUCAUCGAAGCAUAGGAAGAGGACGGCUAAGGAUAGAAAAUACGACUUACAAAACCAAUUAUUUAAAUUGUAA